AAACCCCUGGCCAACAGCCAAGAGGCUCCCUCUCAGCCACCGCCCCCCGCCAGCGCCUUUCCCCCUCUAUACAAUACAAGAUCUUCCUUCCUCAGUUCUCUUAAAUCACAGCCCAGGGAAACCUCCUCAGAGCCUGCAGCCAGCCACGCGCCAGCAUGUCUGGGGGUAAAUACGUAGACUCCGAGGGACAUCUCUACACUGUUCCCAUCCGGGAACAGGGCAACAUCUACAAGCCCAACAACAAGGCCAUGGCAGACGAGGUGAAUGAGAAGCAAGUGUACGACGCGCACACCAAGGAGAUUGAUCUGGUCAACCGCGACCCCAAGCAUCUCAACGACGACGUGGUCAAGAUUGACUUUGAAGAUGUGAUUGCGGAACCAGAAGGGACACACAGUUUCGACGGCAUCUGGAAGGCCAGCUUCACCACCUUCACUGUGACAAAAUAUUGGUUUUACCGCUUGCUGUCUACCAUCUUCGGCAUCCCUAUGGCGCUCAUCUGGGGCAUCUACUUUGCCAUCCUCUCUUUCCUGCACAUCUGGGCAGUUGUACCGUGCAUCAAGAGCUUCCUGAUUGAGAUUCAGUGCAUCAGCCGUGUCUAUUCCAUCUACGUCCACACCUUCUGUGAUCCACUCUUUGAAGCGAUUGGCAAGAUAUUCAGCAAUAUCCGCAUCAGCACGCAGAAAGAGAUAUGAGUGACAUUUCAGGGAUGGAAGGCUUUUCUCCCCCUUACUAUUCCCUUGGUGCCAAUUCCAAGUUGCUAUCACAGCCGUGAUUUCUGAAUGGUUUGUCUUGGUCAAGAACAAAGAAUUCAUUCCCUCCAUUUUCAUGUAUACUGCUUGUCUCUCCUGAGCUACUGCAUCUAUUUUUGACAGUCUGGAAUGUUUAAACCCAUUCCUGCUCUCCCGUUCCUUUGUGGAUCAUUGUUUCAUUGGCUAAAAUAUAAACAUGUUGUUGAAAGAUACUUUGAGAAAAAAUAGGAAGACUGGGAGGCGGAGGAUGAGUGCCAACACCCUCGACUGCCUGCUCUAGGCGAUGAGGUUAUAGAAAGGGAAGAGUUUCAGGAUAUGGCUGUGUGUGUAGGGGGCAUGAAGGCAGGUUAUAAACAAAUAUAUCCCAGCUGCCUAAGGAGUUGGUUGCUGUCCUCACUCUUAACAAUCCAGUGGGAUCUAGUGAUCAACAUCAGUUUGGAGACUCUAAUCUUCAUGCUCAUGUAUUCAUCCUGACAUUUUAACUUGUUAUUCUGUGUGACCGAAUACUUGUUAUACCUAGAAUACGACCUAAGUGCCUUCUGAUUUCUCAUGAUUUCUUUUCAAACAGGGUCUAAGUCAUCUACUUGCAUUUUGCCAGAAGCUCUCCGGAAAACAAAGCAUACAAAAUCUACUUGCUAUUUCUCUGUACUUGUUUCUGACUCUGAGACACAGAACCUGUUGAAGUUGAUCUCUGCGCUUGGUUUUGUAGCGUCUUUCUCUAUACUAAGCCCAGUCAACAUUAACCCAGUGAAAUGAUUCAAAGCAGACAAACGGGGCUGAGACCUCCCUGGAAGAAAUAGGAGCCAACUUUACUGGCCACUCAGCACUGAAUGAGGCCCUCGGGUCUAUUCAGUUUCACUUAUUUUCAAGAAUAAUCACACAUUCCCGACUCUUACGCUAACCCCUCACCAGGAUGGUUUAGUGACCAACCAAGAUGGCUUAAUGACCAACCAGGAUGGUUUAGGGACUCAACCCUGUGCUCCCUUUUCAGCUGAUGAGUGAGCCUUCAGGGAGGGGUGUCAAAAAACGAGUCUGCCAAAGCAAGAUUGCCAAACCUGUUGCAAACGCAACCCCCUUCUAGGCAUAGCACAAGUAAUAGUCUGUAACGCUGCGAAGCCUGACCUCUCCCCCUGCCAGGAGCCUUUGGCCUAACUCAAGCACCAUUUUGUUCAGAGAGAAGAUGGGGGAGGGGUGGUAACAAAAGCUUGAGGUAAUGUUCUUGCUGGAAUAAGUUCAAGUCUUUCUGAACCCAAACUGUGGAAUUUCACCUGUGUACCUGAGUCUCCAGAAUCCUGCCUGCCUGGGACACCCAAAAGGCUUUUAUUCCCCCUGCUCACAUGACAGCUCUGCCCUUGGGGAUAUUUUUAAGACUGCAGAUAGGCCUUUGUUUUCACUUUCAUACAUUUAUUGGAACUCUGCUUGACUUGUGUACUCCUUCAGUUUUGCUGACACUUUACCAACCCGCUACCUAUUUUGAUUGUUCCCAUUUGAAACAGACACUGGCAUGGCCACAGUUUGACUUUUUAAACUGUGUACAUAACUGAAAAUGUACUAGACUGUAUACCUGUUUAAAUGUAGAGAUAUCCUUUAUCUUUAUAUAAGGAAAAUCACUUGGGAAGUGGUUCUACGUUUCAGUCUUUAAACUGUGUUCCAAGACAUGUCUGUUCUUCCUAGAUACUCAGUCUUAUGCAAGUCAAUUGCUGAUCCAAAAGGUUACUGAAAUUUUAUAUGCUUACUGAUAUUUUACACUUUUUUAUGCUGCAUGUCCUAUAAAGAUUUCAAAUCUGCACAAUAAAAUUGUUUAACAGUAAA